AAAACCAUGUUAUUUCCUGGUUACAUCAUUGCUUGGUGCCGGUUUUUCCGCGACCCGCUCCCCGGAGCUCAGCUGUGUUUUCUCCCCGCGCGCGGCGGCGAGCGGGUCGGACGAUGCUAUUGCGGCGGUUUAAAGGGAAAAAAGCUCGUGAAAGAAUAACAACACAAGGCAGUGCAUCGCCGCCGGCGACGCGCAUCCCCGUUUUAUUAGUUUAAUCCGUAUGAGGUGAUUUUGCUUUUUCUCGCGCGCACGGUGGACUCGGACAACGUGGAGACGUUUGGGGAGAAACGCACCUGCCGUGAGAUCGCACAUGGACGUCUGUUCCCGCGAAUCGGACAUUCACAUCUGAGUUAUUUUUUUUUUUUUAAUAGAUUUUUCUUCCAUCAAGCCUCUCUAUUGCUACAUACUGCCAUGGAGCACUCUCAGUUUUUAAUCUACAUCGGUUUAGUAUUUACUCCUCGCGGGGCUUCAAGCCAGCCCGAGUAUGGGGAUGACAGCUGAUCGCCCCUCCUCUCCUGGGACUUAAAUAAAAACGCGCUACAUCUGAAUCCGCUGCCCUGGAUCGGAAGCCAGAGUCUCAGUUUCAGCUGUGUUUAACAAUAGAUGGAGCGCAGCGGGCUGUGUGACACCUCAACCUUUCCAUGACCAGGUUCACACGGGCCAUUUUGUCAGGGGUUUCACCGGUUUCAGCCUGUGUGCCAUAUUUCACUGAAGGCCUUUUAAAAACAUUUUUAAUUUGUAUAUUUGUGAUUUGGAAAGAGCUUUCUGCGAGGAAGUGCUUCCUCUCGCCGGAGAUCAAGAUGCUCCGUCCGAUCGCCUCUCCACAUGGGAACUAAAUGGAUCUUCUUGCUCUUUGGUACUUUGCACUAAAUCCCAUGGCCGGGGAUGAUCCUUGAGUAGCCGAUACAAUAAUCAGCGUCGCGGUGUCAGCAAAGGCUUGGGCUGCAGGGGAUUUGUGAAGCUUAUCUCCGGACUGCUAUUUUGUUCCCUCGGUCACACUCCUCACUAAAUUCAGCAGCUUUUUGAUCUGCAGCCUUUUUUUCUUCUUCUUCCCCGCGCCGCCUUGAAACCCCAGCAGGGACGCCUGUUUACAAGCCACGCUAUUCAUAGGGCAAGGGGGGCGGCGGGGGGAACCGGGUUGCAUUCAUAAGCAAUGACUGCCACAGAGGUGCUUGGACCCACAUCUGAGGAUACGGCGAGUUUGGCGCAGCUGUCAGCCCGCGGGUCCGCGGCAAUGAGGCGCGCUUUGAGGCUCUAGUCCGCGCGCUCCCUGUUGACUCGCAGGCUCCCCGUGAUGCCGCCGCUGUGACCGGGAGACAGAAACGCAACAAAACAACAACAACAACAACACACACACCUCAGCGCCCUAUUGAGCACUUUCCCGGACCCGUUUUGACUAUCUACCGGACGGCCACCGGAGGAUGUUUGAGCCAGGAUGCUGCGCUUCCCGGUGAAGAAGAUCCGGAAGCAGUUCAAGCUUCUGCUGCUGCUGGUACUGCUCACCUCCGCCGUGUGGUUCACCUACCUGCACAUCAACCAGGGCAAGACCAUCAAACUCCACUUCAACUACGGAAAAGAUGGAGAGAGACAGACGGAGGGGACGGACGCCAGCCGUAAGAGGGACACUCGCUCCUCAGCCGGCCACCACAAGAGUGAGGACACCAGCGACAGCAGAGAGGACGAGGCUGCAGACGACGAGCCAAUCGCAGGAGGGGCUGAUGGCAGAGACCACACCAGCAUCCGGAAGUUCCUCAGCCAGCACCACAAGAAAUUGCCAUGGAAACCAGAGUACAAGGGCCAGGCCAACCUGCACGUGUUUGAGGACUGGUGUGGCUCCUCUACAGCCCAACUCAGGAAGAACCUGCACUUCCCUCACUACCCUCACACCAGAACCACACUGAAGAAGCUGGCCGUUGCUCCCAAGUGGAAGAACUAUGGCUUGAGAAUAUUUGGCUUUCUUCACCCUUACAGAGAUGGUGAUUUCCAGUUCUCGGUAUCGUCUGAUGAUAACUCUGAGUUCUGGCUGAGUCCUGAUGAGAGUCCUCUCAGCGCCAGGCUGCUGGUCUAUGUGGGACAGCUGGGUACAGAGUGGACGGCUCCAGGCGAGUUCAGCAAGUUCAGGUCCCAGUCCUCCAAGUCUGUGCACCUGAUCUCGUCCAGACGAUACUACUUUGAGAUCCUGCACAAGCAGGAUGACAAGGGCUCGGAUCACGUGGAGGUUGGGUGGCGUCCGUUCCUCCCCGGUCUGAAAUAUGAAGUGAUAGACUCGGCCUACAUCUCCCUGUACACAGACGAGUCCAAUCUGAAGAUGAACAGUGUGGAUCACAUCCCCCAGACCUUGGCCAGUCACAUCCGUCUCCCAGAGGAGGGCCGGGGAAGGAGCAUCCCGCAGCACGGGGCGGAUAUGCUGAAGCCGGACCCCAGGGACACCUUCUACCGCACUCCUAUGAUCGACCCCUCCCGACUAGAAAAUGUUCUACCAGCAUGUCUCUACUCUCCAACAUAUGUUGUCAAAGAUUUUCCCAUCGCCAGAUACCAGGGUCUGCAAUUUGUCUAUCUGUCCUUCGUUUACCCAAAUGACUUCACACGUCUCACCCACAUGGAGCGAGAGAACAAGUGUUUCUACCGAGAGUCCCCUAUCUAUUUGGAGAAGUUUGGUUUCUACAAAUAUAUGAAGAUGGAUGAGGAGGAAGAUGACAGACCAUUCUUCUUCCCUAACCCAGAUGACUUCUUAGAUGAAGAGGAGGUGGUAGAUGUCGAGGACGAGGCAGAGAUCGUCGGUACACAGUCGCCCAAGAAGCCCUCUCAUCCCAGCCAGACCAGCCACACCUCCUAUCCCUCCCAUCAGCACUCCAAGCCUGCGCCAACACCAGCUGGCAGAGAGGGCGGAGAAGAAGAGGCGGACCAUGAUCAAGAGGAGGAGGGAGCUGUCAACAGUAUCAUACACCGAAGAGAAAGGAGACAUUUUCCUCACAGAGAGGGACAGCUGGAAAGGGAUCUGGACCAGGACUCGGAGAGAGAUCACACAAACACGAGACAGGAGGCCCGGAAGGGACUUGAGGAGCUGCAUACCAGGGUGCUUCAGCCUGACGCGGACAGUGUCGUCCGCGGUCGCUCCCUGACUUGGAUCCGCACCGGUCCUGCAGAGCUGAGCCCUGGCAGGAAAGGGGGAGGAACAGGUGGCGCGGGAGGAGAGAAAGGAGCUGAAACACUGCCGAAACCGAGAAAGUCUUCACUCCUCUUCCCCCAAAAGUCCUCCCUCUCUGCCCUUGCCAGCCGUGCCAAGCAGAUCCUCAGCAACUCUGCCCAUAGCAACAACCUCCAUGAUGUAAAAAGCAAGCUCGCAGGAAACAAGAAGGAGAAGAGGGAGGAGAACAAGAUCUACAUCACCAGGCCUCGGCCGGCCAAGGAGCGGGAGAAGGACAGGGAGAGGGAGCAGCGUCGAGAGAGGAAGCAGGAGAGGGCCUCCCGCCACCUGAGAGAGGUGUUCCCGGGGGUCUUUCUGUACCAAACUAGGAAGACCACACGGCUGGUGAACCUUGGCGCCAAAGGAGGAGGCAUAACAAAAAGUAGAAGUCUUGUGAGUGCCCCUCAGCUCUGGCCCAACCCAUCCACUAAAGAGGGUAAGACAUUUCCCCACAAUGGAAGCAUCAGCAUACGGGGUGAACGUGUACAUAAUGCUGACAGCAGAGCAGCAAAGCUACCAGAGAAAAGCAAGAGGAGAGGGGAGCGCGGGGAUCUAAAGACUCCCGUCACGACCGAUGUACCCAGCAAAGGUGACCCGCUAACCCCUCUGUCCCCUCACCAAGAUCCCCCUCCAGUUACCCAGCACCGCUUAAACGUCACAGAAAACACACUCCAAGGUCAAACACGGGUCACCUCUUACCUCAGGACCUCCGAGAUCACCGAGUCCCAUCGGCAGCCGGACCCGGAGCCCAACCCGGCAGAACUCGGCCAGGAAACAAGUCGCUCUAAUCCUGACACCGACCUGGAGCCAGAACCAGAGGAGGGCGAGAUGUCGGACUACAGCUACGAGGAGAUCGAGGCUCGGCCCGGUUGGGCAGAGGAGAGCAUCAACUGGCAGAGGACCUUCUCGGUCAAUCCGAUGGACUUUGAGCUGCUGCGCUCCGACUGGAAUGACCUGCGCUGCAAUGUGUCCGGCAACCUCCAGCUGGCAGAGAGUGAGGUGGUGGACGUGCUGGCGCAGUACAUGGAGAAGCUCAACGAACGCAACGGAGGGAUCUACACCCUGCUGCGAAUUGUCAACGUUGAGAAGCGGCGCGACUCGGCGAGAGGGAACCGCUACCUUGUGGAGCUGGAGCUGAUGGAGAGAGGCCGCAGCGUGGUGCGUCUGUCGGAAUACAUCUACCUGCUGCUUCAUCGCAGCGGGCAGGGCGAGGAGAGCCUCGAGAACACUGACUUCGCUCCGGCCUCGGCGCCGGCUUCGGCCCCGUCAGCUGCCACGUCCAGCCUCGACACCCCGCCUCCCCCUCCCUCCACCAGGCCCCCCGUUCGGCCCGGAGCGACCCCCUGGAGCACCGCCUAUGCUAAGCCGCUGCUCUGCCAGCCGGUCAUGCUGCAGUGGAGGAAAGAUGUCAUGGUGCACUUUGUGGUGCCAGUGAAGAACCAGGCUCGCUGGGUACAGCAGUUUAUCUCUGACAUGGAGAAUCUCCAUCGCCAGACAAAGGAUGACAAUUUCAACAUCAUAAUUGUUGACUUUGAAAGUGAAGACAUGGACGUGGAGCAGGCACUAAGAGAGAGCAGUGUACCAAGAUAUGAGUAUCUAAGGAAAGAAGGGAACUUUGAGCGCUCAGCGGGACUGCAGAUCGGAGUGGACACGAUUGAGGAUAGUCACAGCAUUGUGUUCCUGUGUGAUCUACACAUCCACUUCCCUCUCAACAUCCUGGAAAGCAUCAGGAAGCACUGUGUGGAGGGACGCCUGGCUUUUGCUCCAGUUGUCAUGAGACUCGGCUGCGGCAGUUCGCCACAGGCGCCUGAUGGUUACUGGGAGGUGAACGGCUUUGGCCUAUUUGGAAUUUAUAAGUCUGAUUUUGAUAAGAUUGGAGGGAUGAACACAGAGGAAUUCAAAGACCGCUGGGGUGGAGAGGACUGGGAGCUGCUGGACAGGGUACUGCAGAAUGGCUUGGAGGUAGAGAGACUGCGUUUGAGGAACUUCUUUCACUACUACCACUCCAAACGAGGCAUGUGGAUUACCCAGAACAAGAAAACUAUGAAGGGGGAGCGUCCCCUCCCGGUCUGAUGAUUCUGAAUCUACCUGCUGAUCCACUGGUGUGUGAGAGAGACCUGUGUGAGCUCGCUCACUGCCUGAACUCUGCCUUUAUUUGAAACGGCUCCUUUCAGGGAUACCUCUGCUUCUCCAUCAGCCCCUCUCGUAUACUUGUCCGUACGAGGAUACAAGAGUCUGAAUCUGAACUUUACAAGCGAGCGGUUUACGCAGACACUCCCGAGUCAUCACUUUGCCUCACUGACAGAACUACUGUACAGAGAGAAGAGGCAUUUUUGUUCUUCUUCUCUCUGUCCUUUUUUUUUGGUGCAAUGUUUUCAGACAGACUAGAAAGCAGGUGUGUGUGUGUGUGUGUGUAUGGGUGGGUGGGUG